CGCGUACCACACUGCUACAACAACGCCACAGCGUCACACUGCCAACAACAACCAGCACCCGCACUCACACGUUCACCAGCAACACCAACGCACACAUCGCACACUCCACACCACUACCAACAAAGAACACCCAGGCCUCCACACCACUACCAGCAACAACAUCCCAGCGCCUCCACACCACUACCAGCAGCAACCAACGCAGGCACUUCCAUCACGCCAACGCCACAGCAACAACGCCCAGGCCAUCACAUCACUGCCAGCAACAGCAAAGACCCACACAGCGCAUCACCACUAUCAGCAACAACCAACGCCCACAGCUGCUCCACGCCGCUGCCCACAGCAACAAGCACCCACAGCGCUCCCCACACCACUACCAGCAACAUCAGCACCCACCAGCCAUCCACACCACUACCAGCAACAAUAGCACCCCACAACGCAUCACUGCCACGCAACAACAACAACAACCGCCCACAGCACCCCACUCACCACUGCCAGCAACAGCAACGCCUGACGCCCCACACCACUACCAGCAGCAAGCAACACCCACAGCGCACUCCCGCACCGCUCACACCACUGCCAGCAACACCCACAGGCGCAUCCCCGCCAAUGCCAGCAAGCACCAAACGCCCACGCGCACUUCCACACCACCAAACGCCAACCAGCACCCACAGCUCAUCACCGCUUCCCCAACAACCACGCCUGACGCUACCCGCAAACUGAACCAGCGCCACAGCUUAUCCACCACUACCAGCAACCAGCAUCACCAGCGCAUCACCCACUGCCAACAGCAACCAACGCCCACGCAGCGCCUCCACCGCUGCCCACAACAACAGCGCCCACAGCGCACUCCACACCACUGCCAGCAACAAAACAGCACCCACAGCGCAUCACAUCGCCAGCAAGACCAGCAGGCGCACUCCACCACUGCCAGCAACAACAGCGCCCCGGCACUCACCUGCCAACACAACAACAACACCCUGGCACCUCCACACCGCCAACAGCAACAACCACAGCCUUCCACACCACUACCAACAGCCAGCACACCCGCAGCUCCACACCAGUGCCAGCAGCAGCAGCACCCACAGCGCACUCACACUCCUAACAACAACAAUACCCCGGCGCAGCCCACAAAUCUCCAGCAACAGCAACGCCCACGGGCGCCACGCCACUGCCAGCAACAACAACGCCCACACCAGACCCUCACCACUACCAGCAACAACAGCGCACAGAGACCUCACACCACUACCAGCAACAACAACACCCACAAGAACCUCACACCACUGCACCAGCAACAACCAGCGCCCACCAUUACGCUCACACUACCAGCAACAACGCCCACAGCACCUUCCAACAUCUGCCACAACGCCCAGGCAUACCGCUCACGCCUGCAGCAACAACACCCACAGCACACCACAUCACUGCCAGCAACAGCAAAACCCACGGCGCAUCACGCCUGCAGCAAGCAACAGCGCCUGCCCAUCACCGCACCAGCAACAGCAAGCACCACAGACGCAUCACCACUGCCAGCAACCAACCAACACCCACGGCGCAUCACCACUACCAGCAGCAAACAACGCCCACAGGCCUCACCACUACCAGCAGCAAUGCGCCCCGGCCUUAUCACCACUGCCAGCAAGCAGCCAGCACCCACAGCGCAUCACACUCUACCAGCAAACAACACCGCCUCCGCAAAACUGCCCAGACAACAGCCGCCCACGGCCUUAUCACACCGCCGCAACAGCACCCACAGCCAUCCACCCGCCGCCGGCAACAACAGCACCCACGGCCUAUCGCACCACUGCCAGCAACCAGCACCCACAGCGCACCUGCACUACCAGCAACCAGCAACAACGCCCUGA